AUGUCUUCUGAUCAACAAAAAAAGAACUCCGAGCAACAGGUUAUCGCUCCAAUCAAUACUCAUAACCCAGAAACAAUUGAGUCUACUGAUACCAAUAUUCGUUAUGCUGCCUAUGCUUCACGUCUCAGAAUCCUUCUUGCCGCACAACGAUAUGUUGCCUACACGUCAGAUAUCGGUGAAUCGUUCCGACCUGUCGCUCACCCCAAGCUUGUUACCUGCGCUUACGGCAUUUCUUGGGCUUACUUAAUUGGCGAUGUUUCUUACGAGGCCUGGAAGGCUAAGUUGCGCCAGCACGGUGUAGAUGAUUCCUACAAGCCUUGGGACGCAAUCCCUUACCCAUCCGCCGAAAUACAAGCAAAGGCUCUCGACUCCAACCCGGACUGGAAGUUUGUAGCCGUUAAGCGUGCUGUCUUCCAGUCAAUCGCCAGUAUGGGUCUGCCUGCCUUUACCAUCCACUCUACUGUCAAGUACGCCGGCAUUGCCAUGAAGAACGUCAAGAAUCCUAAAGUUCGUACUUGGGGUCCCGUCGGUUUGGGUCUUGCCGUCGUACCUGCCUUACCUUUCUUGUUUGACGAACCUGUCGAGCAUGCUGUCGAUUGGGUCUUUGACAAGGGUGCUGAACUUGUUUCUCCUAAGAAAAAGUUUGAGUAA